CCGCUCCGCUCGCCGCGCUGCCGCUCCGGGGGUCGCCGCUCGCCCGCCGGCACCUCCCGCCCGGCGGAGAGGGUCGCGGAGGGCUCUACCCGCCAUGGCCUUCACCUUCGCCGCCUUCUGCUACAUGCUGUCGCUGGUCCUCUGCGCCGCCCUCAUCUUUUUCGCCAUCUGGCAUAUAAUUGCCUUCGAUGAACUUCGGACAGACUUCAAGAGCCCCAUCGACCAGUGCAACCCGGCCCACGCCAGGGAGAGGCUGAGGAAUAUUGAGCGGAUUUGCUUCCUCCUGCGAAAGCUGGUGCUGCCAGAGUACUCCAUCCACAGUCUUUUCUGCAUAAUGUUUUUAUGUGCUCAGGAGUGGCUCACACUGGGGUUAAAUGUUCCUUUGCUUUUAUAUCACUUCUGGAGGUAUUUUCGUUGCCCAGCAGAUAGCUCAGAGCUGGCAUAUGAUCCACCUGCAGUCAUGAAUGCAGAUACCUUGAGUUACUGCCAAAAAGAGGCCUGGUGCAAGCUGGCCUUCUACCUCCUUUCCUUCUUCUACUAUCUCUACUGCAUGAUCUACACUCUGGUGAGCUCUUAACUGAAAGAUCUUCGCUAAAGACUGAAAACAACAAAGACUGGAGGUGCAAGGAUGAGUGAACUAAAGGAUGCAUGAUUAAAAAAAGCAGAGAGGAAAACUUUGAACCCAAGCAGUAAAUAUGGUACAUGAAAGAGAGAUCCAGCAAAGAGAAGCAGAAUACCAUGGGAGAAUGGCUGAGUUAAUUGUGUUUGUCUCCUGUUUCUCAAUGUAUUGCAGCAAAUUAUUUUCAAAACCCAAGCAAACAAAAAAAUUGCAACAUCGUGGGCCAAAUUAUACAGCUGUUCACCUCUCCAGGGAUAAUGCUGCUUGGUUUAGUGGAUUCAGUAAAACUAUAAUGUCUAUAGUCCCUCCUGUCUUCCAGGAAGCAACAUUUCUUUUCUUAAGGACUGUUCUGGACUGAGGAAGCACAGGACAAGAUGAUCUCACACAGAAAAAAGAGCUGUACAACACAUUCUGACCACUGAGUGGACUUCUGACAAGAUGUGUGACUGUCCUGUAGGGCUAUUCUCAUGACACUGGUCAAACAGGGAUGUCAAAUCUCAUGGAACUGCUUCAGUGGUUUUGGUUUGUUGUUUUUCUUUUCCCCAACCAAAACAACAAUAACAGAAGAAUUUGCAGUUUCAGUGUUCUGUACUCUAAGUAUAUGCUACUCCUGCAGGUGAACAUUCAGUAUAUUUCUGUACUUCAUUUGUGACACACCAACACUGUACAGUGAGAUGUAGAAAUACACUGGGUUUAACUUAAUCAGGCCAAGCCCUAAUCAGAAUAGUGUUCCUCUGACUGAAAAAAAAAAAAAUAACCAAACCAGGUAAAAGCUUAAUAUAUUUAAAGAGGAUUGUAACGUAGCUAUUAUAUACAUCACAAUGCUGGAUAGCAAAUACUGGACCAGCUAAUUGUGGUCUGUAAUUCUGUUUUGCAGUUUUACUUUCUGCUGUAAAAUUUAAGCUGGAACAAAUACACAAAAUGUCUCUGUCCUGUAUGAGGUUCCUAUUGAAAGAUGUUCAGUUUUUUUAUAAUUUAAAGGUUUUUAAAUUUUGUUACAGAAUUCUCAUUCAAAUUCAUUUUUAUGGGCUGCAUAUCUUUAUACAUAUGUAUGUAUAUACAAAUAUAUAUCUACGUAAAUACUCACAAUCUAUUUACAUUUUAGGUCAAUCUGUUUGACAGGUCAAAGGCAUCAAGUGUCCAGAAUUGCUGCUAACUAUAUUUCAGUGCUGAUUGGGGUGAACCCAGACUUAUUUCUCUCAAAAUCACUGGUGCUGUGGGUAGUAGCAAGGCUGUAAACUCAAAACUAACACCAGAGCCUUCACAGACACUGCUUGGAUCUUGCAUUGGCAAAGAGCUAAUAAGGUGGAUUUCUACCAGAGAUUGGCAGAGAACAGCAUGGAGAGGCCCAUCUGUCCCCUGGUUGCUCACAGCUGGUCGUGUUAGCACGAGCUCACUGCUCACCACAUUUGGUCUGGCUAUUGAGAGCCAGUAGACCGAUCCUGUACCCAGCUCUGAGGUGUUUUUAGGCUGGGCACAGCAGUUCAGCAGGAGAGAUGGAGUCUCACAAUGGCUGCUGAGUCAUCUCAUGUCUGGUGUUUUCCAUAAGGAGCUGGAGUUGCUGUGUGCCUACAGUGCCAGGAUUCGCUCUGGUUUGGUCUGGCUACGUUAACAAAAUUAAAUCCUGUUAACCAGCAAAGCAGGGUGGCUGCAUGCUCACUCUCUGCUCCCAAAUCCUUGGCAUUCCUUGGAAUGGAGCUAGCUGGCCUGUGCAAUCAUUAUACUAGGGUCAUUCUAACAACAUUUAUAUGAAGUUGUCUCAAGGGCUGACAUUCUUUAAUUUACAGGAGUUUAAUUCUUUAAUUUAGUUCUUACUGGAUGCAUUUUAUCUUCCUACAAUGUAGUAUACCCAGUUCUAGAAGCAUUAGGCUGCCAAAUCAGAUGUUGGAAAGCUAAUUUGGACUCUGAUGGUUCAUAGGUUUGGAUUGUACAACUGCUCUUGAAAUCACACUGACCUUGCAAGCAAUACAGAUGUGUUCUCCUGGAGUGAGCCUGAGCUAAGAAACUUCACUGGAUCAUUACAGAGCCAAUUGAUAAAGCUCUGCUGCAGUGGAAUAAUUAAUGCACAACCCAUGAAAAGCUAAUGAUUGUCUGUAACUUAAUUUCUUCUCUGCAUCCUAACUAAAGCAUCCAGUGCUACAGCAGUAUAGGAACUAGAUUCACAGGAACAAAUCACAGUGAAUAACUUCUAGAUAUCUUGCUACCUCAUAAAACUUCCAUUUCUGAGCAGGUGACUGAAUCAUUCCAUGCAUCUUCUAGGAUUUCAUAGGAGAUGAAAAGAAACUAAUUCAAGUUCCCUGUAUUCUACAUACAUGCUUUAAAGUCAGUUUCAUUGAAAGGCUAAGAAUUUUGUGAAGUUGGAUGGGUGAAAGUGUGAUCACUUCUUGCCUGAAAACACACAGUUUUCAAAUCCUGAGGUUUAGGGAUGAGCUGGACUGCUAGCAGGUCAAUUGAUUGCCUGCAGGGCUGAAUAGAAGCUCUUGUGAGUUUUUGUAACUGGCAUUGGCCUGUAAUUCUUGACUUUGCACAAAAAGCAAUUGUGUACGUGGGUCUUCUGAAUGUAACCUCAGGGGACUUCAGGGACUGGAGUGGAUAUGCUUGGUCAUUUGAAAGAGGUUCUCUAUUUCAGGCAGUUUCAUCAAUACAUUUCCCAAACUCCACUGGAAAGCAGAACACUUCAUUUGAUCCUGCUACUGCUUUGAGUGAGUGUUUCCAGGAUUUCACUGCUCUGGUACUAUAAUUUUUUUUUUUUUUUUUUGCAUUUCCAGAGUAAAUUUAUUCUUAGAUAAUUUAUUCCACUUUCUUUUGAGCCAACAAAAACCUUAGCCUAAGUACACACUCUCUCUCAUGUUGCUUAAGAUUUCAAUAUAUAGAGAAAGAAGUUCUUUUCACCCUCCAUUCUGUUAAAAGUGAGCUGUCUCGUGUCUUCCCAUAGAAAACUGUUCUCCAUGUCUUCUUCAAAUGGUUUCUCUGUUGUCUUUCCAGUCAAAUUAAUCUUUCUUAAGAGUGGAUAAUCAUAGAUGUUGAGAGUGUUCUGGAGAGUAUUUUACUCUAAUUAGUCCUUGCUGUGAAUGGACAAUGAAAGCUAACAGUCUCAGUUCUUUCCAGCAAUACUUAUUCAAAAAAGUAAUCACACAGCUCUCAAUAGCAUUUUCUCUUUGAGAUGAAUCUUAAAGCUGAUGGAAAAACUGAUUAAUCCUAGGAUACUUUCCCUUUCAUUGAAUUUAGUCUGCAGGGCCAGGAGUUGGAUUCGAUGAUUCUCGUGGGUCCCUUCCAGCUCAGGAGAUUCUGUGAUUCUGCUUUAACCAAAGCAAGGGAAGUAAACUGCAUAGUUGUUCCCGAAGAAUAGAAAAGAAUACUGUGAUCUUUGGUCACAAGGAAGUGUCUUCCCCAUGUCACACUUUUGAGGGAAAUAUCAUCUAUGCUAUCCUUUUUGUCUCCAGUUCCUCCUUGUUAGUUAGUGGAAGCUGGAGAUUUUUUCUGCAAGUCUGCUUUCUUUCUGUCUCUUUUCCCAGAAGGGUGAAUGUCAUUAUUUAGGAGCAGAGUUCUUUCACAUGUCUGAUGGUACAGAUAAAUUCCAGAAGACAUAAGACAAUACAUCAUCACCCUUUGCUCCUUCAGGAGCAGGUGUGAAAUGAGCACACUCUUAAAUGAGUGUUCAUUUACUUCAGCUGCACCAUCUGUGAAGUGAAAGAGGUGAUACUUACCUUGUGAACUCCUCCCCUACAUGUUGUACUUUUUUUUCCCCCCAGUAAAUGUUAAAUCUGCUUAAAGGAAAAAGUUAAGAGGUGGAAAAAAAUGAGAGAGGAUGAGACCUGCAUGAGCUGCUUACCAAAGAGGCAUCUACACAGUGUGCUGGCCUUUAGCUGCCUGUUCCUGGAAGGGAUGAAAGGCAAGGUCUCCUAUUUAUAGUCAGGUAAUUGCAGUGAUGCUGAAUAAAAUUGUUGCUGCUCUGACUGUUUCAGUUUCAAGUACAGCAAAUCAGUGCUGAUAGCAGAAUGCUUCGCCUACAAAUAAUUAACUGUACUUAAGCUGUCAGAAAUGUUUUUCCAUCUGCUUCCUUGAGCCAUACUCUUCCUUUUGCACUAAGUCCCUGAGAAAGAAAGAAAGAAAAAGUUCUUCAACCUACACCUUAAAGAAACUGCUCUGAGGUUGUUAUGAUCUGGCACUGCUGUUGGGGUUGUGAGUAAUCCUACUUUAUUAGUGAGGGUAUUAACAAUCUAUUGUUUUUCCUUUCUCCAUUCCAUCUCCACACAGAUAUUUUUGCCAAAAAAAAUGUAAAAGUCACAGCGCAUGAUCCAAAUUCCUUGAAUUUACAGAUUAUCUGUUGUUUCCAAUAGGAAACAAAAUGUUUCCAUUUAAUGCCCAUUCCUCUAGAGCUACAUGGGGAAUAGGUUCACACUGAAAGUCUCUAGUUUUUUGUUGAUGGUGAUUUCAUCCUUUAGAUCUUGAUACCACAUCCAUUUAACUGAAUUAUCUUCAUGGAAAGGGAACCUGCAUUUUUGAGGAAAUAAGGGUAACAUUUCAAUGGUCAUGCCAAACUACCACAGAAAGUUAUACCAACUUGGUAAAAAUCAGGCUACAUGGAAGUUGAUAGAAAUCUUACCUUUUGUUUCAUGUGAGCCCCACUUAACACUGCACAAUUUCUACAAAGAGGUUGGUGGAAAUUAAAAAUAUAAAAAAAAUCCCAAACAAAUACAAUGUUGAGUUCAUCAAAAAUGUUACUGGAUGUUAGACAAAGCUUGGGUUGCUGCAAAUAGAGCAGGAGAUGAAAAGGUCAAAAUAAACUGAGAGUUGGUUUUUUUGUUCUUUGGGAAGCAACAAAUAUUAGGCUACCAUCCAUGCUGCACUGAACUUUACAUUGGUGAUCUCAGUCCAGAUUCCUGCUCUGGUGAGUUUUUUGAUCAUCCAUCGCUCAUGAGCACAUUGUUCUGAUUUAUUUUUGUUCUGCUCAGUAACGCAGUUGUAGGUGGGAAGGAAGGAAAAUUCUUCCAUGAAAUACAAUAUUCCCCUUUUCUCCCAGAAAAUGUGUGAGCAUGCUGUUACAAAAUCCUAAUGAUGUGUUUCAGUGGUACACCUCAACCAAAGAAUGAAGUUCUUUGCUGCAGACAAUAUUUUGAUGCAAUUUAAUAAACCACAGGUCUAGAAAUAUUUAUUAUACUUGCACACUUGAAGUAGUUAUUUUAUUACCUCUAAUUGCUGGCCAACUUCCCAUGUAAGAGAAAAUAUGUUUUUGUGACCCAACUCCAUGACUUUCCAUGUAGUCAAACUCUCAGAAGAUCUCUGAGGAAUGUAAAGUGCUUUUUUUUUUUCUAAUAAUGAGACGCCAUAUUUGAGUAAUAUGUUAUGGCAAUGGAAUAAAGCAUUAAAAGCCAAAAUGUCUUGUUUAGUCUAAAUCUCAAAGAGAUGUUGCUCCUUUUUUCCUAUAAAUUAUCCCUAAUAUCACCAGUCUCCUGACAGACCUGAUGAAAUCUGCCUGUCCCACUAUUCUGACAGUUUAAUUUUUUUUAAAACAGAUUUGCAGCCACUGAUCAUUAAUGUGAAACACUGACUGGAAAGAACAACUUUUACAGAACACCCCAAGAUUUAUGGAAAUGUCUUAACACAGAAGUCAUCCAGUCUAACGGAAUAGAUCUCACCUGUGCAUACUAAUAUAAAGUUCCAAGCACUUAAUAGUGCAAGUAAUACAUAGCAGAAGUCUUGUAGAACAAGCAAAGCAGGAUUUCUCUCUGUGUUCCAUAAGCUCUUGUGAGAUGGAGGCAUUUCUCUCUCUGAGGAGUGCCUGGUACUGCACAGCUGAAAUUGGCAAUUACGUGUCUAGAUGGUAUUAUAAUCCUAAAUAAUGAAUACUUUUUCUCACAGGAGGAAACAAUGGAAUUCAGUGGAAUUAGUCAAAAUGCAUUUGUUCCGCUGCCACCAAGAUGGGUACCUGGCCCCGGCUGUUGCUGUGCCUCAGGGCCUACUGACAAACUGAAGUGUGCUUCAGCCUCGGAAUGCAUGUGUGCUGUAAUUUGAUGCUGCCAGAAGGCACUAAAAUGUAAAGAAUAGUAAUCAAAACUGCUCCCCAUUUCAGUAUUUUGCACCCCUCUAAUUUGUUUUGGCUUUACCAUUUAUCCUCUUUCUUUAUCACACAGUGGAUCCUGUUUCACUCAUCUUUCAGUGCUGCAUUUAAAGCAAAUCCAGUGCAAGCUCAGGCUAAAACAGUGGCACUAUUUCUAAUCCAAAUCCUUCAUCUGCUUGUGGACAUUUAUUUGAGAAUAAAAUUAUCCUAGUUUGGUUGUAACUAAGUACAAAUGGAAAUUAGCUAUUUUGAUAGACGUCCUUUCCAUCCUGGAAAAUGAAUAAAGCCACAUUUGUACAGGAGUUUGAGGUUCAAAUGUGCAUUAGCACAAAUCUGUUAUUAGCCUAGAGCAACAGCAUGGAAGUUGCCUCAAUCUGGCAAAAGAUGAUAUCUUUUUGUAGGCAUAACCCAGCUGCAGAACAGCAGAGCUGUGUUCACAGGGGGAACAUGUCCCAUCUACAGGCACUGGUGUAACUUUUCAUGGUGUGGAGUCAUACAGGUUGCUGGGGGGCAUUUGACCUGUUUUAACCCUUGUUUCGUCCACUACAGAUUAUAUCACCCUUGAAUUUGCCACCUAACAUUUUGGUUCUAGAUCCUGGAGUUCAGCCCUGAAGCAGACUUUUUAAAAUACAUAUUGAUACAUAUUUAUAUUGUCUUAAGACAUUGCAUGAGAGGAACACUAACGGAAUAUAAAGUGGGUUUUAUAUCCCCUUUAUUGUCUGUUUAUAGCCUUUUAAUUACUGUAGUAUUUAAUUAUGUGCUCCUUGAUAUGCACAUACCCACACAGGCCAUCUAAAAGCUAAAUAAAUUCUUGUCUGUUAAUAUAAUGAACAAAGGAAGUGCUCUCCUGUUAUCUUUGUGUCUUAUCUGCCACAUAAAGCAGGUCCAAACUUGUACUUAAUGGGGUUAUACUGAACAAGAAAAGGAAGCUGUAUUUCUAACAUGUUAAUUUAGAAUACAUUUUUGACAAGUGCUGCUGGCAGGUUCAGAGUUGCUGCUGUGGGGUCAGUGUAAGCCAUGCCACCUCAGGUUAUUUGAGAACCUUUUUUUUUCAAGGGAUGUCAAAGAUAUUCCUUGAAUGUGCUCCUUCUCUGACUCUUUGGCCUUGAAAACUUAGAUGUGGUUAGCAAGGUCUGCAGGAUUAAACAAAAGCUGAUCAGUCCUGCCUGUCACCCGGAGCAUGCAGUGCUUUGGCUUUGAAUAUAUGUGGAGGAAUCUUUUGUAUUUUCUAGCAUGUUUUGCCUUAUGAGAGCAGUCAGUGCCCCUUUAUGUUAAUUAUUAAAUAAGAUUGUUAAGUUGUAUUGGAAAAUGUGACUCAUUCUUUCAAAACCUGUUGCCUUUAAGUAGAAGCAGUAUUUAUCCUCCAAAAGCUUCCUGAAGUGGCAGUGGCAGCAGCAGAAUUUUAAUGUGCCCUCUCUCAUUCAUCAUUUGAAGUCUACAACAACAAGCGAUGAAUCUUUGAUGAACCUUGUCACGCUUCCUUCAGAUUGUAAUAGCAGUUUUAUAAGCUUCCAAGAAGUUCAGAAGCAAUUUGCUAUGACUGUAUCUAUUUUUUUUUUAAUCUAUGAGCACUCAGCCCAGCACUGAUACAUCACCAGAUUAGAAAGUCUUGUCUCUGUGUUUCUGGUGUAAAUGGAAACCCAUGUACCAUACAUUACAAAUAUAUUUUCCAGAGAAACCCAAUAAAAGUUGCCAGACCACA